CCCAAAUCACAGCAAAAACACAACAACAAAAUCACAUAUACACACAGUCACACACUCUCUCUUAUUCCACUCCUUAACAAAAAAAGACCAAUCUUUUUUUUCCCCAUAAGGAAAAACAUUUGAGACCAUCAAGAUAGGUAAAAAACCAUGGUUCCUGCUACUAUUACACCUCCAUCAUCCAAUUCAUUGUUAUCAUCAUGUUCUACUUCUUCUACUUCUUCUUCUUCAUCUUCAAGAAGAAGAGCAGGGGAGAUGGGUUGUUCAAAUUCAUUAGCAUUUACUGCUGCUCAUCAGAGUAAUAACUACAUUAAUUGCUCUUUGCAAGCACCUACAAAGCCCUUUAAUCUUCCCUUGAAGAAAUCUUCUUCUUCUUCUAGUCCUUCAAAAACACUUGCUCCAUCAAUUGCCACCCCUUUAAAACCCACUACUCUCCCAUUGCCGUCGCCAUCAUCGCCGCCGACCACAGCCCCACCACCACCACAACCACAAUGGAACGUACUACAACGGGCAGCCGCAAUGGCCUUGGAUGCCGUGGAGAGCGCGUUGACAGCACGUGAAUUGGAGCAACCCCUGCCUAAGACAGCCGACCCACGGGUCCAAAUUUCCGGGAAUUUCGCUCCGGUGCCGGAGCAGCCCGUCCGGCAAUCCCUUCCGGUGACUGGCAAAAUUCCCGCCUCAAUCCAAGGCGUCUAUGUCCGGAACGGCGCUAAUCCCCUGCAUGAGCCCGCCGCCGGCCACCACUUCUUCGACGGAGACGGCAUGAUCCACGCCCUCCAAUUCAAAAACGGCACCGCCAGCUACGCUUGCCGGUUCACCGAAACUCAGAGGUUCGUCCAGGAAAGGUCUCUUGGCCGCCCUGUUUUCCCAAAAGCGAUUGGAGAACUCCACGGCCAUUCCGGCAUAGCAAGACUUAUGCUUUUCUAUGCCCGUGGCCUAUUCGGCCUAGUUGAUCACAGCCAAGGAACUGGAGUUGCCAACGCCGGUUUGGUUUACUUCAACAACCGGUUGCUGGCCAUGUCUGAAGACGAUUUGCCUUACCACGUCAGAAUUACUCCUUCAGGGGACUUGAAAACUGUGGAGAGGUACGAUUUUGAUGGGCAAUUGAACAGCACAAUGAUCGCUCACCCGAAGCUGGACCCGGUUUCAGGGGAGCUUUUUGCUCUGAGUUACGAUGUGAUUCAGAAGCCGUACUUGAAGUACUUCCGGUUCAACCCCAACGGUGAGAAAUCCAAGGACAUUGAAAUCCCGGUCCCGGAGCCGACCAUGAUGCAUGAUUUCGCCAUCACCGAGAAUUUCGUGGUGAUCCCGGAUCAGCAAGUGGUGUUCAAGAUGUCGGAAAUGAUCCGGGGCGGGUCGCCGGUGGUGUACAACAAGGAAAAAGUAUCACGGUUCGGAGUUCUGGAUAAGUAUGCGGAGGAUUCUUCCAAGAUUCAGUGGGUGGGAGUUCCUGACUGUUUUUGCUUCCAUCUCUGGAAUGCUUGGGAAGAACCAGAAAGCGAUGAAAUCGUGGUGAUUGGAUCGUGUAUGACGCCGCCGGACUCGAUUUUCAACGAAUGUGACGAGGGAUUGAAGAGUGUUUUGUCGGAAAUCCGUCUCAACUUGAAGACUGGAAAGUCCACGAGGAGACCAAUCAUCAACAACCCUGAGGAUCAAGUCAAUUUGGAAGCCGGAAUGGUGAACAGAAACAAGCUCGGGAGGAAAACCAGGUAUGCUUACUUAGCCAUAGCCGAGCCGUGGCCCAAAGUCUCUGGUUUUGCAAAAGUGGAUCUUUUUACCGGAGAAGUUAAAAAGUACAUUUACGGCGACGAGAAAUACGGCGGGGAGCCUCUGUUUCUCCCGAGGGAUCCCGAGAAUUCAGAAGUGGAAGAUGAUGGAUACAUUUUGACCUUUGUCCAUGAUGAAAAGAAAUGGAAAUCCGAGCUCAGAAUCGUCAACGCCAUGAGUUUAAAGUUAGAGGCCACGGUGAAGUUACCAUCAAGAGUUCCCUAUGGUUUUCAUGGCACCUUCAUUAAUGCCAAAGACUUAGCAAAUCAGGCCUAAUUUUUUUUUUUUUUUAAUUUUGCUUCUUUAUAGAGGUGAGAUUGACCAGAGGGAUGGUUUGCAGAUACGUCCCCGGAAAUCUCCCCCCGAGGAGGAUUUUCUCUGUUAUACUCUGUUUUUUGGUUCUUGUUUUUUUUGCCCCUUUUUUGAGAGGUGGUUUAAUUAGAAGGUUGGUUAGGGGGGGGUUUUAAUUCCUUCCAUGGUGAAAGGUUUUGGAAAUCCAGCUUGUAGCUUUGGAUGUAGAGGUAGUUAAAAUCGAGCUCAGCUGGUUUCUGCUGCUUCUUUUUCACAUAAUUAUUAGCACGAGGAAGUAUAUAUAUAUAAAUAUUACAAAAAACAUAAUAUGUUGUAAAUGUCUCAUCUCAAUCUCGUCAUAUAUAUGUACAUACAGUAUAUACCAUAUCUUUCCCCUGUUUGUUUGC